AUGUCGACGGUGGCUCCACCUCCCAGAGGACUCUCCCUUUCAGCGUUGCGUGAGUGCGUGCUAGUCGUGAUAUCAACACAAGUUAUGGUGGACGGACCCUUACUGGCGAUAUCUGACAACAUGUUCGUCCAUAACAACAGCAAACACGGCCGGCGUGCCAAGCGUCUCGACCCGACUGAAGGUAUUGACGCAGCACCAGAGACUACUUCGGGUCUGUACCCGCCCUUACCUGUGGCGACGCCCUGCAUCAAAGCGAUAUCCCCCAGUGAAGGAUGGACUUCAGGAGGUUCCACUGUCAUCAUUGUGGGAGACAAUUUCUUCGACGGACUUCAAGUUGUUUUUGGGACGAUGCUGGUUUGGAGCGAGCUCAUAACAUCGCACGCGAUAAGAGUGCAGACGCCACCACGCCACAUACCAGGGGUGGUGGAAGUGACGCUCUCUUAUAAGAGCAAGCAGUUCUGCAAAGGAGCGCCAGGCAGAUUUGUAUAUGUUUCUCUCAACGAGCCAACGAUAGAUUACGGCUUCCAGAGGUUACAGAAGCUUAUCCCGAGACAUCCAGGCGAUCCCGAAAAAUUACCAAAGGAAAUUAUACUCAAACGGGCAGCAGACCUAGCUGAGGCGCUGUACUCUAUGCCUCGGAACAACCAGUUGGGAUUAAGCGCGCCAAGAUCACCGCCAGCGAGCAUGCCCUUCAACUCGUAUACUGGUCAGCUGGCUGUCAGUGUUCAAGAUACUGCUGCUUCACAAUGGACUGAAGAGGAGUACGCGCGUAGCGGCGGCUCGGUCUCCCCGCGGUAUUGCUCCGCGGCGUCGACGCCGCACGCCGCGCCGGCCUCCUACCCGCAUCCGCAACAUUACCCUGCACCGCCCACAUCACUGUUCAAUACUACAUCGCUGUGCCUUGGCCCGUAUCACCCGGCGAACAUGAAUGGACAUUUAUCAUCUGACCAUCACUAUAACGCGUAUAAUACGAAAGAUAGCGGACAUUACAGUGAAAGAAACGGGAACUGUAAGAGCUCUGACUGUCCGGCAAACACUCAUUCUAAAUGCACCGGGAACGUUAUGAAAGCGUCUCAUAGUAAAGAGAGCAAACUGAAAAGUGCUUUUGCCGUAGUGAGACAUAGCCCGCCGCGGUCCAAUGCUCACCACCAUCAAAAUUGGCAGCAUCUCGCCGUGCAAUGAAUGACAGGACUAGUGUCAUCGCCAUUCUCUGUGAAUCCGUUCUCGUUACCUACUUGCAGCGCUCAGCAGUACGCUCAGACCGCGCCUCUAGCGUCCAAGUAG